AGGGGAUGAUGGCAUCAUGAGUGUUCAGGAGAGGAAGCCGAACAUUUUGGUGCCCUCCAGUCAUUCGACGACACACCUAAAAAAAGGAGAAGAGCUGGAGCUGGAGUGUAUCGCAGAAGGACUGCCUACACCAAAGGUAGAAUGGGUACGGGAUAAUUUACCGAAGCGCUCGCAUAUCAAAAACUUUGGAAAGGUUCUGACUAUGGCAAAUGUCACAGAACUGGAUGAAGGGAAAUACACGUGCAAAGCCAAGAAUGAUCUUGGUGAAGCUGUGCAUCAUUUCAACGUUGUUGUGGAAGAGCCGCCCAGCUGGCAGGAGGAGCAAGUGAAGAGUCAGUUAGCAGAGAUUGGAUCUGACAUCCACAUCAAGUGUUCUGCUACGGGAAAACCACAACCCACAAUCACCUGGAAGAGAAACGGCCAGCCCCUUGAUGAUUUCCCUUCUACCAGUCACAGAGUGCUUGAUGACGGAAUAAUCAUUCUCAGAGCGGAGGAGAGAGACACUGCAGUGUACCAGUGUGAAGCCUCCAACAAACAUGGGACCAUACUUGCCAAUACGAACGUGCUUGUCAUGAAUCAUCCUCCUUUGAUUCUGACGCAGAAUUAUCUGGAGUACGCAACCAUGUUAGGCAAGAGUGUGAUUAUGGACUGCAAAGUGUUUAGCUCACCACCUGCCGCCCUUAACUGGAGAAGAGAAGACCCAGAGGGCUCUGUAGAUGGAGAGAGAUAUUCUCUCCUGAAGAAUGGCUCCCUGCAGAUUCACAAAGUGGAGAUGGAAGAUAUGGGCCAGUACAAAUGUUCGGCAAGCAACUCUGAGGGCACCGCCAGCAUCACCACUGAACUUUUCAUCAAAGAUUCAACUAGGAUCGUAGAACCUCCUCAAGACAUAAAGGUCAUAAGAGGAUCUAUGGCCGAGCUGGAGUGCCAGGUGGAGUGCGACCCCACCCUCAGAAGACAGCUGGAGAUCUUGUGGAUGAAGGAUGGGAUAAAUAUCCUCUCCAACUUCUCAGAAAAAUAUUUCGCAGAUGAUGGAGUUCUCCAGAUUGUCAAUGUGAGCAACAGUGGUCAAGGGAAAUACACCUGCAUUGUUCGAACAUCACUGGACCAGGAUACAGCUUCUGCAUACAUAACUGUGUUAGAUGUCCCUGAUCCACCGGUUCAACUGACGCUCUCUGAUCUGAAAGACCGCAGUGUGAGGCUCAACUGGGCGGCUGCUGGUGAUCAUAACAGUCCCAUAACAGAGUUCAUCAUCCAGUAUGAAGAGAACCACUGGGAACCCGGGACGUGGAAGGAGCUUCUACGAGUGGCUAGCAGCCAGUUCUCAGCCCCCUUGACGAUCUACGGCCACAUUAACUACCAGUUCAGAGUCAUCGCUGUCAAUGCUAUAGGGAGAAGUCAUCCCAGCAUGCCAUCCGAAAGAUAUAAGACACCUCCUUGUGCUCCUGACAGGAACCCAGAAAACAUUAAGAUUGAGGGUCACCUGCCACAUCAGAUGGACAUCAGCUGGGAGCCGCUCUUGCCUGUGGAGCACAACGGUCCCGGUCUGGAAUACAAACUGAGCUACAGGCUCCUGGGUGUCGAGGACAGUUGGAAAGAACAGAUGGUGAAGAGACACUCAUUUGUGGUGCGAGACACCCCAACGUUCGUCCCCUACGAGGUCAAGAUCCAGGCCUUUAACCACCACGGGUGGGCACCAGAACCCAGAGUGGUGACUGGUUAUUCCGGGGAAGACUUGCCCUUGGCGCCUCCUGAGGAUGUGUCUGUGGAGGUGUUGAACUCUACACUGCUGAGGGUCAGCUGGUCACCAGUGCCUCAAACCGCCCUGAGGGGCCAUCUUGGAGGAUACACUGUGCACUGGUGGCGAACUAAAAGUCUGUUGACCUCUGAGAGUAUUCCCUCAGAGAGACAGUCUCUCAACAUCCCUGGAAACAGGAGUCACACCAUAGUGCCGGGACUAAAGCCAUUCUCUAAAUAUAACCUGACUGUCAACGUCUUUAACCGAAGAGGGAAUGGGCCCAGCAGCAGUCCCAUCUCUUUCACAACUCCACAGGGAGUUCCUAAGAAACCUUACGACCUGAAAGCCACAAACUUUCAGAAAGACUCCAUCAAGUUGGUGUGGGCGCCUCCACUCGUAACCAAUGGGUUUCUCACGGGAUACUUGCUGCAAUACCAGACAGUUAAUGAGACUGUGGGUAAGCUGAUCUCUGUGAACAUCAGUGCACCAGAUACUACAGAUUGGGUCUUGCAUGAUCUACAGGAAGACAACUGGUAUAAGUUCUACCUGAGAGCGUGUACGCAGGUGGGCUGUGGGUCAGCCAUCAGUGAGGAAGGAAGCACCGUCCCUGAAGCAUUUACUAUGCCUGAAAAUUCACUUCCCGAAGUUUCUACAGUCUCAGCUGAGACUUCGACAGAGAGCUAUGAACUGUCAACAUCUGAAGUGACAUCAUCCGAGUUGAGGCAACCUUUCUCUUUCACCUCACCUAACACAGACACUCCUUCUGUCAAUGCCAUAUUUCCUACCUUAGUUGUUCUCAACAUAUCCACCUUUGUAAGUGACACCUCUGCAAGAAUCAGCUGGAGAACCAGUGGAGAACGGUCUGAUUCACAGCUCUAUGUUGCAAUAAUGAAUCACCGUGAUGGUAUCUGGCAGCUUUCAGAGGCUUUAAAUACAUCUAAAGGUUUCCACAUCGUUGAAGGGCUCAGCCCAGGAACUGUGUACACAGUCCGGCUGCAAGCUUCACACGGGGUUGAUGGCCCUAGCAUUUUUGAAGAGGUUUUCAAGACUAGGAAAGUGUCUAGUAAACAAGCGGCGGGAUCCCAGGAGUGGUUUGUGGGGAUGAUGUGUGCGGUGGCUUUACUAACUCUCCUUGUCCUCAUCGGCUGUUUUGUGCUCAAGAACAAAGGCGGCAAGUAUGCAGUGAAGGAAAAGGAGGAGUCUCCUGCUGAUCUGGAAUCUCACGGCAUGGGAGAAGAAACCCCCUGCGAGUACAGUGACAAUGAUGAGAAGCCGCUAAAAAGCAGCCAGCAAUUGCUCAGAGACAUCAGCGAGGACGAUAGCAGUGAGGACAGCUCUGUGAUGUCAGACGAUGAGGACUGCGAGUUCAACGAAGACGGGUCGUUCAUCGGCGAGUACUCGGGACACAAGCGCAGGGCGUCCAUGGAGGUGAACGGACACGCCCCUGGGACUUCCUAAUGUUGGUUCAGUCUUAUGAACUUUUAAACAAUUUGACAGGGAGAAAGAAAAGAUUGUUUGUAUGAUGUGCCUUGGAUGUUUUUUAAAUGUUUGCUCUUGCACGAAUGGUCACUUCUUUACAGUAUUAAUAUGAAGGGUGAUGGCAGGUUAUAAUUCUGCACAACAUGAAAAUGAUGCCAUUAUUUACUCAUCGCUAUGUUGUUUCAAACUCAAACUCAAGUUAUGACUUUCGGAGACGUUUAGCAGAAUGUUCAAGUAGCUCUUUUUCCAUACAAUAAAAAUAAAUGGCAAUCAGGGGCUGUAAAACUCCGAACAUAAAUUCCGUAUCAUGGAAGACUUUGAAUAUAGCUAUGAGUCGAAGUCAUUAUUAUCAAAUCUCAAUCCCAUUUGCGCAUAUUCAAAUAUGGCACAUCAAGUAAUGUCACACUAGGUUUGACAUCAAUAGACAGAGAGACAAAAAGAAAGAAAGAAAGUAAUUUCCAUAACGGUGAGUAAAUGAAGACAGAAUGUACAUUAUUGGGCGAGCUAGUUG